AUGCGCUCUCGAGCCAGGGCGAGAUGCGCAUCUUUUACAUGCGCCUCUCCUCCUCCUCCUCCUGCUCGGCGGGGAAGGCGCGCCCGCGCCGCCGCCGUUGGAUGGAGGGUGCUGCCUCCCCCGCCGGCCAAGCGCGCUCCGGUUUCGCUUUCCGCCGUGCCGGGAAAGCGUCCGCCCUCCUUGGUAUGGCCCCACGGCCUCCCGCCCCCCGGGCUCCCCACCUCCGGCGCGCCUUCACCUGCGCGCGGGCCUCUCCCUCUUCCGGACCGGAGCAGCCCGCGGGCUGCGCAUCGCUGGCGAGGGAGGCGGCAGGGUCAGCUGGCCCGGCGACCAGGGCGCUCCGCCCCGCUGCCGGGGGUGGUCUCGAAUCAGAAGAAUUUGACUCCUGAUGAUGUGGUCAAGGCCAACUUCUACAGUACCUGCCUGGCCUGGUGCUACAAGUUCAAUGUCCUGGACCUGCACUAUUGCUUCCGCUUACUCAAGGAGCUCCAAGCCAAGGAUGGUGUCCAUUGGAAUUUUUGGGCGCACCGGUGCGUUACCAAACUCCUGCUGACCCACGUGGCUGACGCCUGGGGCGUUGAGCUUGAGAAGAGGAUGCCUCAACCUGGAGUAGAUUGGGAAACAGAUGUGGAAAGUCAGCACGUACCCUUCCCGCAGCGCCUGCCACAGACACAAUGGCCGCCCCUUAGCCAAUUCCCGUGGUGGGGGGUGCACUUUUAUGUUAAAUAUGAUUAUGUUAAUAGAUUAAGCAAGAAUAUAUGUUAUUAAAGUUAUCUAACAUUUAUGUAUUAUGUUGUUUUCUCUUACUGUAUGCGUAUGUUUAAGUAUUGAAAAUAAAAAUAUUUUUAAAAAAGAAAAGAAAGGGCUCCCCUCGCUUUGCCUUCAGGUUUUGUCUCCUUUCCCACAUUUCAGCUCUAGUGAGACUUUGCCCCGCUAGAUUCUUGCUUACCUUCCUCCUUGCCCUUUUAUUCCUAUGUAGUUAGAACAACUAGGAAAAAUGUGGACGACGUUAAACUAGAUGGAUGGGGUGGAAGCCUCGUCCUCUGAGGAACGCUUGAAGGAGCGGAGUAUGAUUUAGCCUGGCUGGAGGCAAGAUGAUGAAGAUGUGAUUUCAUAGACAUCUUCAAACAUCUGAAGGGCUGUCAGGUAGCAGUAGAGCAAAUUUGUUUGUUGCUCCAGAGUGUAGGACUGAACCAGUGGAUUCCACUUACAAGACUUCCUGAAGGUAUGAGGGGUUAGCGAAACAGAUUGCCUAUUUAUUUAAACUUCUUUCUAGGCUGCCCUUAAGGGUUAUGGAUUCUCCUUCGUUAGAAGGUUUUAGACAGAGGCUAGAUGGCCUCUUAGUUGGGAUGGUGUAGAAGUGUAUUUCCUGCAUUGCCAGGGGUUGGACUAGAUGACCUUUGAGGCUCUUCCAACUCCAGGUUUCUAUGUGUUAGGUCAGCCAACCCCAGCCUGCUUCCAACCAGAUGUUUUGCACAACUCAGAGCAUUUGUGACCAAGGCCCCUCGUUAUUCUACUCCUCCCCCUUCUCUUUACAGUUGCAAAUUGCCAAGAGGUCACGUCUCUGGCCUCAAGGGAGCCAGGAGAUGGCUUUCCACCUACGGCCAGGUGGAGAGAUAAGCGGUACUUCUGCAAUUCUAUAACAGACAAUGAACAAGAAUGAAUUGCUAAAAACAGUAAUUCUGAGUACGCUUAACCCCUUCCUUACAGGGACGACUGUAUUGACAGGAUGCGGUCUGGUAAUACAUCUGUAACAAAUAAAAUGCACUAAAUAAAGAUUAAAUUGCUAUAGGGAA